AUGCCCGUCUUCACCGAAUAUUCCGCGGCGUCGCGUGAACUCCGCGUUCUGCCGUCCUUUGCACCACCCCUACCACGCCUCGCCCCUCCUCUUCCUCAAGAUAGCAAGAACGAAAAAUAUGAGGUUGUGAUCGUGGGAGCUGGUCCAGCAGGACUGAUGCUGGACCUCCUGCUAGCACGAUACGGUCUAACCGACGAGUCCCUUCUAUGCGUCGACUCCAAGCCAACAACACUCAAGUCCGGACAGGCCGAUGGUCUACAGCCCCGCACCCUCGAGACAUUGAAAUCGCUAGGCCUGGCAGACGAGAUCCUGACAGAAGGCUGUCAGAUGUGGCAAGUCGCAUUCUGGAACCCAUCCGCCGAUAAAGAAAAGAUCAUUGAACGCACCUCAAUCGUAUCCGAUGUCGCUGUGCCAGCGCGUUUCCCCCACGAAGUCACCAUCCACCAAGGCCGAAUUGAACGCAUUCUAGAAACCGAUCUGCUGCGGUACUCGAAUCGAGGCGUGCAGCGGAACACGAAGCUGAUCGAUGUGAAGAUCGACGAAGAGGGCGAUGCAGAGUAUCCUGUUCUCGCGGAGAUCGAGACGGACGGUCAGCGUCGCACCGUGCGCUCAAAGUACCUGGUCGGGGCUGAUGGCGCACACUCGAUGGUCCGUCGUUGUAUGGGGUUGAAACUUGAGGGCGAAUCGCUGGAUCAUAUCUGGGGUGUGGUGGAUUUGAUUGUUGAUACCGAUUUCCCCGAUAUCAGACGUCGUUGUGCGAUUCACUCGCCUGCUGGGUCGGUCAUGGUUAUUCCGCGUGAGCGUAUUGCGACCGGCGAUUACUUGACGCGGUUAUAUGUCCAAGUCCCUGGCGAUGUGGACCCCGAGCUAUCGGGGGAUGGAACGCAUACACCACCCGUGGGAGAUGCUAGGCAAAGACGGAGCAAGGUGACUGAGAAGACUAUCUUUGAUAAUGCGGCCGCGGCAUUUAAGCCGUACUAUAUUCGACCGAAGACGGAUGGCGCUGUGGACUGGUGGGCGGCUUAUCAGAUUGGACAGCGCGUUACCGAUAAGUUUUCGGUGAAGGAUUCUAAGGGUGUGAAUCGAGUAUUUAUUGCUGGCGAUGCUUGCCAUACACACAGCCCAAAGGCUGGCCAGGGAAUGAAUGUCUCCAUGAUGGACGCUUACAAUCUGGCCUGGAAACUCGCAUAUUCCAUUCAUGGUCUCACCCCCUCAUCAGCCAACGGACAGCCAGAUCCCAUCCUCGACACAUACCAGACCGAACGCCACACCAUUGCCCAAGAAUUAAUCGAGUUCGACCGCGCCUUCUCAUCCAUGUUCUCAGGCCAGAUUGGCGCGUCGGAGGAUGGCGCUGGCGGCUUGACACACGAAGAGUUCGUCCAAGUGUUCAGUCGCGGCAAUGGAUUCACUAGCGGUUGCGGAAUCGAGUACCCCGAAAACAUGACUGUGGUCCGAGACUUGGAGGGCGAUAAAAACCCAAUCAGUGGCACCGACUACCUCUCUGGAUUGUUGCGGCCCGGUAGAAGAUUAUUGAAUGUGCGCCUUGUUCGACAUGCCGAUGGCUACCGUCGUGAUUUGCAAGAUGACUUUACUUCGAUUGGUCGGUUCCGUAUUCUUUGUUUAACAUCCUCGGAUCUGCUGGAUCCCCAAGGUGUUUCUGCACGGACGCUUGGUGCUCUUGGUGCGGUUAUUCCUCAGUUCCCGCAAUCGAUUCUUGAGCAGGUUGUUGUUCACCCGAAACUUGAAAAAGAGUUUGUGUGGAAUGAUAUUCCUAAGGAGGUGAAGCGGUACUCCGAAAUGUCCUUCUAUAGUGGGUAUGAGCUGGAUGAUGUCUAUAGCACCUUUGGUGUCGAUCCAUCUCAAGGUGCACUUGCUAUUGUUCGCCCCGAUGGAUAUGUUGGUAUUGUUGCAGAGUUGGGCGACGUUGGGCGUGUAGAGAAGUACUUGAAGACGAUGAUUCGCACACUUUAA